UAGUUCACGUGACCAGACAACUUCCCAUCGUUCUUCAGUUCAAACUUAGACAGCACACGAGCAAGGUGUCGACAACGUACAGCGGUUUUAUAGCGAAAUGGCGGAUAAUUCUUGGAAUGAAUAUCUGUUGAAUGCUGCUGAGAAAGGCUCACUUCAAGACGUUAAGAAGGCUUUGAAAGCAGGUGCAGACAUUGACUUCGACCAUGUGUACAGUGAGUCCGUAAGCAGUGGUACAGCAUUGUACAAUGCUUCCAGGAUGGGGCACGUUGACGUAGUGAAACUGCUGCUCCGCAAGGGGGCGUCUGUGGCGAAGAGAGUCAAGACUUCAUUUGCUCCCCUUCAUGCAGCUGCAUAUGAAGGACGGACAGAAGUGGUGGACUUGCUGGUGCAGCAUGGUGCAACAGUAGACAUACGGGACGGCUUCAUGAACACACCACUGCACGCUACAUGUUGCGAAAAACACGUCGACACAGUUCGGCGACUGAUUGAGCUUGGAGCAAGACCUGAUUUGGCAAGCGUGUACUCAGACGAAAGAUUGGGACAAGUCUGUCCGGAAUUCGAAGGUCUGAAGCUGAUACAGGAGGCAAGGAAGACCAAGCUGUUGAGAUGCUGCAACCCCAAGUGUGGUAAACCAGGCUACAGGAAAACCCUGAAGCUGUGUGCCGGGUGCAAGCUGACCCGCUACUGCAGCCGUGACUGUCAGAAACAACACUGGUCUGUCGGACACAAGAAGUGCUGUGGGCAUGACGUGUACUCUGUCGAAUUGUUCAAGGCCAUGGCAGAUGAUCUGAUAGCCGUGGCACAGGCGCGUGCACGUGCAAAAUAAUCGUGACUCAAAACAUUUUACGACUUUUAAUCUUAACGAUAGCAUACGGCUUAUUACUCCAUAUACGAAGUAUUGUUGAGCCACGAUGCCACAACAGCCAUAUCAAAAACUCUCACUAUUGAUAUGGUGCUUAAGUCUUUGUAUGCGUAAGAUCGAUUUGUGUCAAGUUUUCCACGCACAUAUUAAGACCUCGUUUAAACUGGUUUCUCUUGUAGAAGCAAGUAAACAAUGUAAAGUGUGCAUGGGGAGGUCGGGAUGUACAAAGAAAAUUUUGCAUUGACCGCCUUUCCUGUCGUACCCUUUGUCAGAUUAAUGAGAAUGGGACUGUCUCAUUAUAACUGUCAGUGACAUUUCAUAUCAACCUUAUAUAGAAGCCAACUAUUUACUCCUGAUUUGUUUUUUCCUUGCCUUUGAUUAUAUUAUGCUCAAUUAUCAAUUAGUAUUAUACCGUGUAUUUGGUGCUACUUUAACCUGUUUGUUUGCACCCCUUGCUUUGGUUUUCUGUAUUUGCUUUCAUUUGGUUUUGCUAGCAGAUUAAUUGUAUGAUUUUGACUAAUUUCUUUAUGAUCUGUAGAUCAU